AUGGCGGACCGCAGGAAACUCGGUGCGCCUCUUGGGUCGUCGUGUGCUGGCCCACCGAGCCAACGAUUCAGGCGUGCAUCCGGUGGCCAAGAGGUGGUGCGGCAGUUGAAAGCAGCUGCUACUGCGGUGGUGCUGGUGCUGAGUGCGGCGGCAGUGGUCACCUCUGUAGCUAGCGCUAACAAGACGCGUGCGGCUAUCCACGAGCCACGGCGUCUGGUCUGGGAGGAUCACGCUGCUGACCUCAAGAAGCGGAAGGUCUUCCGGAGGAUGUAUCGCAUGGAGGAACCGGUGUUCAACAAAGUGGCUGUGUUGCUGGAACCGAUCCUACAACGGAACGACUACUACGCAAGAACAGAGCGAAUCAUCCCGCAGCACCACCGCCCGCCUUAGCACAACAGCAGGACGGUUUACACCAGCAGGACGGUGACCUCUGGUGUCUGACUAGGGUUAGGGUAACAGUUUCACCGCCCAGCACUUGCUAUUUUCGUCUGUCUGCUGAUACGUUCACGCUAUGCUUAUUUUGUGCUUCAUGCGAAACAGGCAAACGGUAUCAACGCGGUGCU